CUCUCACAACUCAAAAAAAUCACACAGGCACACUCUCUGUCUCUCUCUCUCUCUAUCUCAGAGAAAGAAAAGAAAGGAACUUUCUUUAUAGUUUCUAUUUCCUUCGUGUGCUAACGUGCGAGCUCCGCCACUGCUUAACGUUCGCUCUCUGAGAUAUGUCGUCGGCGGGAACAGUUACAACAACAAUUAUCAGAAUCUCGCGGUACAGGACGGCCCACUAGGAGAUUUAAUUUCAACGGUGGAGAUUGGAUCUCCUUUCGGACGCACGCCUAGAAAUGGAUGGCCAGAAAAGCCAAGCGAAGCUCACAAGAAACCAAUCGUCACUUCUCCGUUCAUUCCCUACCGUCCGAUCAUCCAUCCACAGCCUCACUUAUGUUGCAGAAGAGGACCUUAUCAGACCGGAGCAGAUGCAGCAGCAACAACAAAAGCAAGAAUUAGAAGAUAAAAUAAGAGAAGAUAGAAGAAAGCUCAACCGGUCUGGUUCAACCCCAAGAAGGACCGGUUCGGCUCGGUUCACACCUGUUCUUACUAUGAUUUCGCUUACUUUCUUUACUCUCUUCUCGCUUUCCUUCUUUUUCUUCUUCUAUUUGAGAAGAGAAGAAAUACCUACAUCAGAGAAUCUUUUAUUAGCUUUAAUUUUCAUUGCUAUAACCCUUUUCUUUGCAAGCAAGAACAAGAACUUAAUUAACCAGAAUUUAAUAGUAAUCAAGCAGUUAUGGGAAGAAAACACAAAAAGACUCAGUCUUUGCUCUUCAAGAACCAAAUCAAAGCAGAUUCAAUGGUUUAUCGGCGAGUCAAAUUCUGAUACCAACAAAGUCCGGAAGGAGAAGAAGAUUAUAAGAGAAGGAGUAGAGUUUUAUAGCAAUGGGGAUUUCUAUGAAGGAGAAUUUCACAAAGGCAAAUGCAAUGGCAGUGGAGUUUAUAACUAUUUUGUCAAUGGAAGAUAUGAGGGUGAUUGGAUUGAUGGGAGAUAUGACGGAUUUGGUAUAGAGAGUUGGGCUAGAGGGAGUAGGUAUAGAGGUCAAUAUAGACAAGGUUUAAGGCAUGGAUUUGGGGUUUAUAAGUUCUACACUGGAGAUUCUUAUGCUGGAGAGUGGUGUAAUGGGCAGAGCCAUGGUGUUGGAGUGCAGACUUGCUCUGAUGGAAGCUGCUAUGUGGGUGAAUUCAAGUAUGGUGUCAAGCAUGGACUUGGUGUUUACCAUUUUAGAAAUGGGGAUAGGUAUGCUGGUGAAUAUUUUGGAGACAAAAUCCAUGGCUUUGGUGUUUACCACUUCGCCAAUGGCCAUUGCUAUGAAGGGUCAUGGCAUGAAGGCCGGAAGCAAGGUUAUGGCAUGUAUACUUUUAGAAACGGCGAUGCAAAAUGCGGUGAAUGGGAUGUUGGUACUCUUAAGACUCCUCUAGCUCCACUAACCGAUGCAGUCCUUAGAGCCAUUCAGGCUGCAAGAAAAACAGCUGAAAGUGCUAUUCGCCUUCGCCGGGUGGAUGAUCAAGUGAACAAAGCAGUUCAGGCUGCAAACAAAGCUGCCACUGCUGCUCGAGUUGCUGCUAUCAAAGCUGUUCAAAACCGGAUGGAUGGAAAAUUUUGCGAUACGAAUGUGUAAGAAUUUUAGCUUUUCCAUUAAAAAAAAGUGUACAUUUUUACUAAUUUUAUGUACUUGGAAGAUGUCGCCCCGAUAAGCAAAAGCUUAUCAGAGGUUGAGAGUGUCUAAGGCUUCUUUUAUCACACUGUAACUUGUAAAUACACCAUGUAAAUCAAUCAGUGGAAGAUGAUUUUUUUUUUCA